AUGCCAGGCCUCUUUGCUUCCUGGUUAAAUAUUGGUCACUGUUCCUCUCUCCCAGGUGACUACUGUGAGAUAAAUGUCUGCAGUAAUGGGGGGAGCUGUGUGACUGGCCCCAGAUCCUCCUUCAUCUGUAUCUGCCCCGAUGGCUAUACUGGGGACACAUGCAAUGACACCGAGACUGGGCCCUGCAACCCAAACCCCUGCAAGAACGAUGCCUUCUGCGACGUGACUGGCCAGAAACGCAGAGGGGACGUCUUCAGCGAGUACAUCUGCAAGUGCCAGGAUGGCUUUGAUGGAGUCCACUGCCAGAACAAUGUGAAUGACUGUGCCAACCAGCCGUGCCAAAACGGUGGCUCCUGUAGGGACCUGAAUGGAGACUUCAACUGCCGCUGUCCGUCCCCCUACGUGGGCAAGCACUGCCAACUGCGUUGUAUCUCUCUGUUGGGAAUGGAGGGCGGAGGCAUUGCUGAGUCUCAGAUCUCGGCCUCGUCGGUGCACUACGGAUUCCUGGGCCUGCAGCGCUGGGGGUCUGAGCUGGCACGCCUCCACAACAAGGGCCUGGUUAACGCCUGGACCUCAGCCUCCUAUGACAGGAACCCCUGGAUAGAGAUUAACAUGCAGAGGAAGAUGCGUUUCACGGGCAUCGUGACGCAGGGCGCCAGCCGCAUGGGGUCAGCAGAGUUCAUCAAGGCCUUUAAAGUGGCGUCCAGUCUGGACGGGAGGACCUACACUAUGUACCGCCUGGACAGACAGACAAAGGACACUGUGUUUGUGGGGAACGUGGACAACGACAGCACCAAGACCAACCUGUUUGACCCUCCCAUCAUCGGCCAGUACUUCCGCAUCAUCCCCGUGGUCUGUCGCAAGGCCUGCACCCUGCGCAUGGAACUGGUGGGCUGUGAGCUCAAUGUGUAUUCAAACACGGCAGGUUGCUCCGAGCCCCUGGGCAUGAAGUCGCGCCUGCUCGCCGACCGCCAGAUCUCGGCCUCCAGCGUCUACCGCACCUGGGGCAUUGAGCCGUUCACCUGGCAACCACACUACGCUCGGCUGGACAAGCAGGGCAAGACCAACGCCUGGACGGCGGACACCACCAAGCGCUCUGAGUGGCUGCAGGUAGACCUGGAGUCCCCUAAGAAAAUCACAGGUAUCAUCACCCAGGGGGCCAAGGACUUUGGGGCGGUCCAGUUUGUCUCUGCCUUCAAGGUGUCCUACAGUGACGAUGGGCAAUUCUGGAGCAUAGUCAAGGACGAUGUCACCAGCACAGACAAGAUCUUCCCUGGCAACAGCGACAACAAUGUCCACAAGAAGAACCUGUUCGAGCCUCCGUUCUACGCCCGAUUCGUCCGCAUCCUGCCGUGGGCGUGGCACGGGCGCAUCACCUUGCGAAUGGAGCUGCUGGGCUGUGACGAGUAGCCCCGCCCAAGUCUCCUCUU